UCACAUUUUAUUCGCGUCAGAAGGUUGCCUAGGGUAAAUGAAGUGCACUAAGAAGGGUGCAGAAGAGUGUUUAGUACACAGCCUCCGUCGCUCACUUACAGAUGGAGUCUAAACGCACUUGGGUUCCGGACCGUGAUCUUUAAAACGCAGUUAGCCAUGAAAUCAGAUGUGGAGGAGUUAAUGCCCAGGCUUUUACCCGUGGAGCCAUGCGAUGAAGAAGAAGAUGACGAAGAAUGUAAUCUGAACGAACCUCCGAGAAAUCCGAAGGAGUAUCUGAGACAGGUUCAAAGGGAAGCGUCGCUCUGCCCGGAUGUGGUGGUGGCUCAGAUCGACCCGAGAAAACUGAAGAAAAACCAGACUGUAAAUGUUUCUGUGUCAGAGUGUCGUGCUGCACCGCAGGGUUUCUCUCCCAGUCUUCAGUGGCAACAGAAGCAAGUCAGCAACUUCUCUCAGAUCCGACAGAGCGUCUCCAGACACCGGCAGCACUGGAAGGCCCAGUUUCUGGACGACAACGUUGUCAUGCCCAAAGCAGAUGAUGAAGACGGAUGGAAGAGAUUUUGUUUGGGUGAAAAUGUUUAUCUGAAUGUUACGCAGAGCGACACACAGAGUCCAGGACUCGAUUAUAUCAAGCUGGGCUUCCCUCCGUUCCUCAGCAUCGUCAGCAAACUCACUCAGUCCACCGUGUCGUCCGUGCUGGAGUACCUGACCAUCUGGUUCGAGGAGAACCACUUUGUUCCACAACUGGGUAGAUGGCUUUAUGCUUUACUGGCAUGUCUUGAGAAACCUCUUCUCCCUGAAGCUCAUUCACUCAUCAGACAGCUGGCCAGGAGAUGCUCUGCAGUGCGGGCUCAGCUGGAGAAUAAAGAUGAUGAGCGUUUAUCUGCACUCAACCUGAUGAUCUGUAUAGUAGCCAGGUAUUUUGAACAAAAUGAUUUGGCUGACAAGGAGUGAAGACGGGAGACGAUCCUCGAGCUUCUGGACACGGCCUUCUGUUCUGUUUACUUUUCUAUUUGUUUGUAUUUAAGAAAUUCAGAAUGUUUUUUGACAUCCAGCCGUCCAGUGUUGUUUUUUUGUCAGGAUUCUGGAUCUGAUUUAAAAUGAUGAUAAUGGCAAUAAAUUGAUAAAAAUGUUUUAAAAGUUGUUCAGAAAUAAACUCUUACACACUGUG